UAAUUAAAAAAAUUCUGCCAAAAAUGAACCGUUCCUCUGUUGCCUGCAAAUAACGCGAAAAUCUCUCUCUGAGAAAAAAAAAUAAAAUAAAAGAAAAAAAAGAACCGAACCAGUCGUGGGACGGAUCCGAAAGAACAUGAACCAGAGAAAUUUGAAGAAGAAACCCUAAUCUUAGCCUCGCUUUUAUUCUUCUUCAUCUUCUUCUUUCUUCUUUCUUCGUUCUUAAUCUGAAAGGCGCCAAGAUUGGUACGGGUGAGCUAGGUUAGGGUUAGGAUUUAGGCUCGGGAAAUUAGGGUUAGGGUUUUGAUUAAUUGUCUGUUUCUUUCUCCCGUUCUUUGGGAGGUGAAAUUGAAGGCGGAGUCGUAUCGGAGGAUUUGGGAUUUAGGGUUAGGGUUAAGUGUUUUUUCGUUUCAUGGGAGGUGUGGGAGUUUAUGGUGGUGGUUUGUGUCGGCUAUGAACGUUGACCAAUGCCAGUGGCGGAAGAAGAUGAUGGGUAGGGGAGUGGACGGAGGUUGUGGUGCUGAAGAGAAGCCUUAUCGCCCAUUUCGUAGGGCUGUGUUAGAUAAGGAGAAUGGGAACAAGGGCUCUGAGGAUAUGGGUUCGUUGGAUAUCGAUUUCUUAGCUCAAGCUAGCAAAAAUCUUUCUGAGAGGUCUCCAUAUGAUGUUCCUGAAGAUGGUUCUACUUCUGGGUUAAGUGUUCCUACUCUACCCAUUGCUUUAGCUAAUUUGCUGAAGAACCAUGCGAAUAACAAGAAACGGCAUAAGAAGUCUCAUUCUGGUGCAGAUAAGAAGAAGAAGAAGUCUUCUAGGCAAGGAGAUAAGUUGAGAAGUGGGAGUAUCUGGCUUGAACAUGAGGACUACUUUAGGCGCUUAGAUUUUCCUGAUUUAGAAACUUUGUCAGAUUUAGCAUCUCUACGAUCUUUAUCUUCUAGAAAUUGCCUUUCAGUUCCAUCGGUGGAAUUCGAGUCUAUUAAUAUUCAACAGAGGGAAACCGAUGCGAGUGCCAAGAAUGAGGAUGUUGUUUGUGGAGAUGGCGUUGCUCUGCAACAAAUUAAGAACCUUCUCAGUAAAGAGAUAUCUGAAGGCACAGUAAGAAAAGAAGAGGAUGUUGUUCAGCCAAUGAAUGUUGACAAUGUGGGGAAUGGAAUCUCCUCUGGGUCUGACUAUUCUGGUAGUUUAGAAUGGGUUUUAGGUAAUAGAAAUAGGAUUUUGUUGACAUCAGAAAGGCCCUCCAAAAAGCGGAAGCUUCUUGGUGGUGAUGCAGGUUUGGGGAAAUUAAUGGUUGCGGCUCCUUGUGAAGGAAAUGCAUUGUUAUGUGAUUUUUGCUGCACUGGUGAUGCCAAGGAAUAUCAUCACCAGUUGAUUGUUUGCACUUCCUGCAAAGCUACAGUUCAUAAAAAAUGCUAUGGCCUGCUUGAAGAUUCAGAUAAAUCUUGGUUGUGCUCUUGGUGUGAGCUGGAGAAUGGUCGUGGUGAUUCUGAAAGACCAUGCUUGCUGUGUCCAAAAAAGGGUGGCAUCCUUAAACCUGUUCUCUCAAAACUUGAGAAUGGUGGGCCGGCGGAGUUUGCUCAUCUGUUUUGUUCUCUGUGGAUGCCUGAGGUGUAUAUAGAAGACUUGAAAAAAAUGGAGCCCAUCUUGAAUUUGCCUGGAAUAAAGGAAACCCGGAGGAAGUUAUUGUGUAACUUGUGCAAGGUGAAAUCUGGUGCUUGCAUUCGCUGUUGUAAUGGAACAUGCCGAACAUCUUUCCAUCCUAUAUGUGCAAGGGAGGCAGGGAAUAGGCUAGAGGUCUGGGGAAAACAUGGGUGUGAUACUGUUGAACUGCGAGCUUUCUGCUCGAAGCAUUCAGAUAUUCAAGAAAGUGGAAAGUCCGUAGAGGGAGGAGAAAGUAAUGCAGCUGAAAGUCGUUCUCCUAUAUGUCAUAUUCCAUCAGAAUCUGUUAGAGAAAGUCACCUAAGUAAUGAUGAGAUGGGAGUUGACGUAGGAACACCGGGUACAGGUUCUGAUAUUUCGAGAAACAGUGAGUUACAAGAGCUAGAAUCACCACACUCAAAAUUUAACUGGUCUGCAACAGACAAUGUAGAAUCAGGGAUGACUGGGAGAAGCAAUGAAGAUGAAAGAACUCUGUCCAAGUCUCUUAGUUUUGGAUUGAUUCUGAAAAAGUUGAUCGACCUGGGUAAAGUGGAUGUGAAGGAUGUGGCUGCAGAGAUUGGGAUUAAUCCUGAUGCUCUGAGUGCCAAACUUAAGGACGGAGACUUGUUACCUGAUUUACUAGGCAAAGUAGUUAAAUGGCUUAGCCAGCAUGCACACAUGGGUUCUUCGGAUAAAGGCAAAAAUUUAAAACGUAAGACAACUACUAAAUCUGAGCGUCGGGCAGCUAUCUGUACUGAAGGCAUAGUGAUACUAGAUUCUGACAUCUUAGAUCCUGCUGUAGCAAAGGCUUUUUCUAUAGAGCGAACACAUGAAAGCAACAUUUGUAAUAAUACGACGAAUAAUACAAUUUGUACGUUAACUGAAAAUUGUACUGGUAAUGGUAUUGUGGUUGUUGAAGCUAAAGCUAAUGGAUCAGUUUUGAAGAAAGAAGGAAGUGUGAGUUUGGCACCUGAUCAUUUUCCCGAAGAACCGAAUUCAAUAGUGCUUGAUCAGGAAGUUCAUCAUGGGAAAAGUUCAGUUCUUCCCUCUGAUGAUCAUGGAGAACAAUCAAACUCCAGUUCUUCUGGAGUCAUGCUGGAGAAUGCCUUUUCCUUGGGGCCAAAUAGUUCUCAGAAUCAUGGAAAUUUGAACUGUCCAAACCCCAUUAUCUUGGAUCUCUUCGAUCAUGAAGCAUAUCCUGGUUCCAAACCUCAUCCUUAUAUCCACAAAGAAUUGUCAGAACUGGGCAAGGGACAGACCCUGAAAAGCAGCACGGAUUCUGAUGUGGCUAGGAUGACAACCAAAUUUGAUGGCUCUGAAGAAGGAAACAAACAUCUGCAGGGUGCUGGCGAUCACACUAUCUUUCGUAAUCACCAAAAUCAGAGUGCAGAGACAUUUCGUCAGUUAUCUAAAGCUAGGAAAUUGGGCAUACUGGAUCUGUCUCCUAAAGAUGAAAUGGAAGGAGAACUUCUAUAUUAUCAGCUUCAGUUACUUGGCACUGCAGUUUCAAGAAAGCAACUAUCUGACAAUUUAGUUUAUGAAGUUGCUAAAAAGCUGCCUCUGGAAAUUGAUGAACAACAUGGACGAAGAUGGGAUGAUGUUCUUGUCAACAAAUAUUUCCAUGAUGUCAGGGAAGCAAGAAAGCAAGGUAGGAAAGAGAAAAGACACAAACAAGCCCAGGCUGUUCUAGCUGCUGCUACUGCUGCAGCGGCGACAUCUUCUAGGAAUACAUCGCUUAGGAAAGAUAUGUCAGAAGAACCUGCACAACAAGAGAUGAGCACUUCUAGACGUAGAGUUGCUGGCAGCUCUCACCUAGUGCCACAGACAAAGGAAACACUUUUAAAGAUGACUGUUUCUGGACCACCUUCCGAGAAGCGGUCUGAUCAUCGCACACCAGACUUUUCAGUAGAAAAUCCACGAACUUGUGACAUCUGCAGGCGCUCCGAAACUAUAUGGAACCUGAUUGUAGUGUGCUCUAGUUGCAAGGUUGCUGUUCACAUGGAUUGCUACAAAUGUGCUAAAGAAUCUACUGGUCCCUGGUACUGUGAGCUAUGUGCGGAGUCAUCUUCAGAACCUUCUUUCAAUUUUGGGGAAAAACCGAAUUCUUCUACACAAUGUACUCUGUGUGGUGGCACAACUGGGGCUUUUAGGAAAACUACAAAUGGGAAAUGGGUUCAUGCUUUUUGUGCUGAGUGGUCCUUGGAGUCAACGUUCAGAAGGGGACAAAUAAACCCUGUGCAGGGAAUGGAGUCUCUGGCCAAGAACAUGGACACUUGUUGUGUAUGCCAACAGAUAUAUGGUGCAUGCAUUAAGUGUAGUUAUGGUAACUGCCAGACGACAUUCCACCCCUCCUGUGCCAGAAGCGCGGGUUUUCAUAUGACUGGAGGUGGUAAACAUCCGCAUAAGGCGUACUGUGAGAAGCAUAGCAUAGAGCAGAAGGCAAAGGCUGAAUCUCAGAAACAUGGGGCAGAGGAGCUGAAAAGUCUCAAACAUUAUAGGGUUGAACUUGAGAGGUUACGCCUUCUGUGCGAGCGGAUAGUCAAGAGGGAGAAAUUAAAGCGAGAGUUGGCUAUUUCCUCACAUGAAAUACUUGCUGCCAAAAGGGAUCAUGCUGCACGUUCAUUACAUGCCCGUAAUCCAUUUUCUCCUCCAGAAGUAUCGUCGGACUCAGCUACAACAUCAAUAAAAGGUCAUCCUGAUAGUAAUAUAUCUGGCAGUGAAGCAAUACAGAGGUCAGAUGAUAUCACCAUUGACAGCACAGUCACUGAUAAGCGCCGAGGCAAAGGUCCCAUAUUAAUGGACACGGAUCAGAAAACCGAUGACAGUGCUACUUCCAAGAGUCGGUUUUCCCGUAAGCCAACAGAAAGACAGAUCUUAUCUGGGAAAACUGUUCCCCGCAAACAUUGUAUAGUGUCACCUAGUGUUUCAGAGGAUGGAGAUAACGGGUCAAAGCCCAAGAAGCAGCAUGUAGAAACAUUUGCAAAAGAGCUGGUGAUGACAUCAGAUGAAGCUUCUUUCAAGAAUCGGCGGCUUCCAAAGGGAUACUUCUAUGUUCCUGUUGAUCAUCUUCAGGAAGACAAACCGGGAAACCAGAAGCUGGCUUCAUCUGACAAGCCAGCGGACCAGAAGACAUCUUCAGGUGAUCAGUCAGGUAAAGACGACGGGUAAAAGCUGAGAACACACAUUUUGGGCUCAUUGCUCCUACCUUAAUCAGAUACUGGCCAUUGGUGGACAUUGCCUUCUGCGCCCUGACCAGGAUUCACCAACUGGCUUAAAGCAAAAAGAACAGAUGGUAUUGCUACAAAAGAGCUGUGGCUGCAACUGAGAAUCAGCUAAAAAAGCUAUUGUGAAGCUUUUGGGUACUCAAUACAAACUGUGCCUAUUGGUAAUGUUUGGGAUUUGAGGGUAACAUGUCAUCUCUAUAGAAAAAAAGGCUUCAGAUUGGAUUCAGGGAAGUGAGAAAAAAAGCUCCCUCUUACCAUAUAAAGAAGGACCGGUCACGUGUAAUUCUGUUUGUAUAAAGAAGCGGGAAAAAAAAGGGUUGCAUAAGUGUAAAUAUUCAUCAAUUGUGUCUAAAAUCUGACCAAGGGAAUAAUAAUAGUGGUUGUCCGAAAAUUCUUUAGUUAUGCAUAUUUAGCUCA